AUGCAUGGACCGAGGAAGCCAGAAUUGACGAAAGCAAAGCUAUAUUCUACCGGCGCUAUAGGUCCCACGCAUGGGCUUACUCAGAAAAUCAUACGACCACCGCGGUCGCGCCCUGUACGCUUAGUGCCCAAUGGCAAGAGUGGAAUCGGGCACAAACCAGAGAAAAGCGGGAAGAAGAAAGUGCAAGGAAAACAGAGGAAACCGAGAGGCGUGAUUUGUACCCCAUGGCAGGUUAAUCCCCACCUCCUUGAGCGAUUUAAGCGACGUCAGCGAGAACCAAAAAUUUCGAGGAUAGGACCACCUGAGAAGAGGAGGUUUGUUUAUGCGUCUCCUCCUGGCGAAGCACCUUGGAAAUACUUGAAAAAUGUUGUAACAACUUCAGACGAUCGACCGAAGAUGCUCGUAUCUGGACCUGAACUCGUUCUAGAUCGCAGGGCGCGAAGGGCGGUUGUCGUACUUCCCGAGCAGAUUGCCUGCAUGUCGGGAAAUGCGAUGACUUGGAAAUCGACCAAGAAACACGAACAAGUUGGACAUCGCGUAAACGAGCUGGUCGUCUGCAGGAGUGGACGAUGGGUAUAUGUCGGCUCGUUUCAGGGACACUAUGCCUCGACGAUGGAACCUGAUCGCUUCCAAAAGCUCCCUCAAAGUAUGAAGGAUGCGGUUUACAGACUGAGUGUCGGCCACAGGGAUAGCGAAGAUGCCCGAGGAGAAGUUGCUCGUCGCUAUGAAAGUGGGGAGUUCCAUGCUGCUCGAGUGGAAUUGCAUUAUGUGGGAUUCAAUGGAGCGAUAGCCAAUGGGUUGACAGGCGCAUUGGACCAUCGCUAUCGAUCAAAGGCAAGACGAUCAAGGCAAGGCUGCGUGGCGUUAUGUUAG